CAGCCCCCCCCCCCAGCCCGCCCGCCCGCCCGCCGCCAUGGCGGCCUUCGCCCGGCACCGCCGCUUUCUGGGCGGCUUCCUCUGUGGGGCCGGGGCGGGGGCUGUUGCAUCGUGUUGGGCUGCGUGGCGGCUCCUCCGUAGCCAGAGCCAGGCGGAGCUGGUGCCUGAGCGAGCCCUGCCGGAGGAACCAGUAGAAGAGUCUCUGCUGGAAAAAUAUGGAUUCCCUGAAGCUGGAACAGAGACCAGAUGUUACACAAAUCAUGCACUGUCUUAUGACCAGGCAAAACGGGUGCCUAGAUGGGUGAUUGAACACAUUUCAAAACAGAAGACACUGGGCAAUGCAGACCGAAGGCACUGUAAAUUCAGACCAGAUCCUAACAUCCCUCUAAUGUUUAGUGCUGUCAAUGAAGACUACCUUGGGAGCGGGUGGUCACGAGGACACAUGGCACCAGCGGGAGAUAACAAAUUUUCAACAAGAGCUAUGGCUGAAACGUUUUAUCUGUCUAACAUUGUGCCUCAGAAUUAUGAAAAUAAUGCUGGAUUUUGGAACAGAAUGGAAAUGUAUUGUCGGGAAUUGACUGAGAGAUUUGAGGAUGUUUGGGUAGUUUCUGGCCCUCUGACCUUGCCUCAAAUAAAUGAUGAUGGAAAGAAGAGUGUUACUUAUCAGGUAAUUGGAAAGGACGAUGUAGCUGUGCCAUCCCACCUAUACAAGGUGAUCCUUGCCAGGCGGAGCAGGACGUCUACAGAGCCCUUGGUACUGGGGGCUUUUGUGGUGCCAAACGAUCCCAUAGGCUUCAGUCACCAGCUGACUGAGUUCCAAGUAAAUAUUGAAGAUCUGGAAAAAAUGUCAGGUUUAGUUUUCUUCCCCCAGGUGGACAAAACCAAAGAUGUUAAAAAUAUCUGUGAGGUGGAUACCUGUAAACUGAUGGGCUUCAAGGAAUUUACGUUGUACAUCACUGCUCGAAAAGUGCAGAGUGCCCGUACAUUGCACCGCUUGGAGAAAGCCAUGUCAGAGUUAAGGGAGGCAGGAAUUGAGCCUGAUGAAUAUCUUCUAAAGCUUCACAAGAAAAAGGAAGAAGAACUACUGCAGGAAAAACAAGUAGCAGCUCGAGAGGGGAAAGCUGGCUGAGUACUUGUUGAGGAAGAUGUUUGGGGUUUUGUACUUUGAAAGGGGAGCUGAAGGCAAACACAAAGACAAGGGCUCUCUGAAUUAUCCCUUUUUUGAAUUGUGAAAACAAUAAAGAAACAUUUGGAAGCUGAUUGGUUUGGAAUAACAUUCAUUCUUGUGUAACGUGAUGCAUGUGGGAAAUGAAAAUGACCCCUUUCUGGCAUUAAUAGAUUACUGGACCUCCAGAAAAGGCUUUGUGCUAUUUUCCAAGUGAGACGUCAGACUUGGGGUUUGUAUGGAAUCCCUUCUAGGAAUAUUAUAAAAAUAGGCAGUAGACACCUUGGGAGUAUAACUAGAACAUGUUUAAAUGUAAUUCCGCCUGCAAAUGUCUUUCAUUAUGAUGCUGUAGAAGCAAUGGUACUUUCUGGGAUUUUUUAAAAAUUAAAUUAAUUUAGAAAUAUUUCAUUUAACACUCUUUUAUUAAGAUCUGUAAGGCAUAAUCUGAAUCCCUUACAGUCUUUACUUAGUUGUGUUAAACAAACCAGAUUGUCUUUUACCUCCCCUGACCUUGUGUGCUUUGGAUAGUUUAGCAUGUCAGUAGCUGUCAACUGUUGUCAUUUGCAGCGGACUUCUUCCAUUUGUGUAUAAUUCCGUAAUUUAAAAAGACCAAAACACAACAGAAACAGAGUUUACACAAGUUGCUACCAGUGUAGAUUGGGUCUUCAUAAAUUAAUGUAAGCUUAAUAUUUCAUUUUCACCACUAAGUUUGGAUAAAAGUGCUUUUUUGCAUGUUUGAUUUGAGAGAUGAGCACUGCUUUCUUUCUGUGGUAGUCACUCACUGGCUUUUUUCCCAGCAUCAGUCUUUGGUCUAUAAACUUUGCAACAAAACUUCUACGUGAAAGCAGAAGAGUGACUAAAAAUGCAUUUCCAGUUCUGUUUCAACAGCAACUGAAGUUGCUCGGAUUUGCCUCUGCUUGGGAGAUUUAAUGACAUUAUUUGUGUAUACAUCUUGAAUUUCAGACAUACUUGUCUAUACAUCAGGCAUAAAUUAGUGUAACUUGUAUCCUUGGAGAUUUUUCAUCUGGAAGGAAAGAGUAAAAACUGGAAAUACUUAGAUUUAUUUUUUUUUUAAUGGUAAGAAUCUAUAUAAAUUUGGAGUUGUGCCACAAAAACACUUUCAGUUGUUUUAACGUGUGAGUUAAUAGUUUCUGAGAAGGGUCAUGUGGUGCCAGGCUGACUUGGGCUGUUUUCAUGAAGGAUGUAUCAGGAGUAUUAUUUGGAUGUUGAGAGUCAUCGGCUGGAUGUUCUAAAAACUGUCUAGUUUCCUUCAUCUCAGUUCAGUUGCAGCAUCCAAAAGUAGAUCACUUUAUAAAGCAGUUAUGGUUCCCGCGACACUUUUGCGUUUGCCAAGAACACAUUUACAAAAUCCAGACAUUUAAAACCGGAGAAAUGUGACUAGCUAAGGACAUCAUAAAAGCUUACUGCCCACAUAAAUUAGAGAGAAAUUGGGUGAAAUCCUGACAAAACGUUUGCUCAUUUCAAUUUUAACCCAGAAUUUUGGUUGUUAAUCCUAUCAGACGGAACAAAAACGGUUUAUCGUGAAACAACAAGCUACCUCUCCCUUUGCAGAACAUGGGAGAAGUCCGUGUGUGUUGCCUGGAAUAACAAAGUGCCAGUUACUUCAUGUGCCUCUGGAUGGUCUUGUGCGUGCUUUGCUAGAAUCUGAGCAGCCUUCUAGCACUGCCAUGGUGUCACCCUUUGGAAAAGCCGAGAGGUUACAGAUCUCCCCUGCAGUGCUCACGUACACCUACGGACAGCUGAAACAGAUCUCAGUGCUACAGAUAUGUAUCUGUCUAGCAAAAACCCUGUGCUGGGACGGCACCGCUUGUAUGCGAGCAACUGCGUCUUCCCUUUCUGCUGACACCUUGCCAUUACGACAGCAGCAGAAGUGCCGAGUGUGACUCCUCUGGAGGCCUGCUACGGAGACCAGCUGCUCCCUACUCAGUACCUCCUCGGGCCUUACGUGCCCCCUUGCAUUUCUGCAAGCCCCAGUUACCAGAAUCUUCGUGCCUCGUGGCUUACCGCAUAGACUAGACCGCCUAUGUAAUUUUCAGCUCUGUUUGAGCAUGGUCGGUGUUCCUCAGCUCUCCCCUUGGAGGGUGGCAGCAGGUGGUGAACGGUGAAACCGCUUCCAGCGCUGGUCUGUGCCAAAGAGUGCAUUCACCUGCUCGGCUUCUGCUGGUUUCCUCAUCUGAAGUAACUGUGGAAUGUAGUAUAUAGCCAAAAAAUGUGCUUUCAUACAAUAGGAAAUACAAGACAAGUAUUUCCUUGGGGGUGAGGCUUUACACACUUGCUUGAGGCACCUCUCUAAGUAGUUGCUUCAAGAUCCUUCAUGAGAACCGUGCCUGUGUCCGUGUCCAUCUGUCAUUCCUGUUGCACAAUUAAUCGCUUCCCUGCGUGCAUCUGUAGUGGCAGUGCGAACCUCUGUGAUGCAGCUAAGCAGCAGGAGUCCCGGAAACUGCGAAGUCUGUCCGUUAUUCCUCCACUGUUUCAAUAUGUUUGUUUUUAGAGCUAAGUAACCGAAUCGCGAGGCAAGUUGAUGACUAGGCUGCCCGCAGCCUGACACACUGAUUUUCUGAUAUUCCCUUGACUGCCUACUCUUGAUUGCUACUGCUGGUCUUGGGUCGGGGUGAAAGCGAUGGUAAACAGGAGGCGGACGGGAAGGGAACGCAGGGGAGAGCUGCCACUGCGCUCAAGGCUCAGGCUGCAGCCCGCGGGGUGCACUUUGGUGUUUGGCCUUUUGAGGGCAGGCUGUUUCCGCAGUGUCUGCCUCCAUGGCCAACAGUGAUGGGGGAUAUGAAUCAAAUGUCUCCGGCCUGGAAUAACUGUCUUUCUGCUCGUGAUACAAAGAUACUCGUUUAAAAUGAAUUGUUGUUUUGAGCAUUCUAUCGACAGCAGUGCAGUAUGAAGCUAAUGAUUUUUCCUAGAUAAGAGUUUUGACAAUAAUGCUUGAGAGUACCUUUAGAUUGACCACCCAAGUUGUGUAUCUGCUCCAAAGACAAUUUUGACACCAGCUUCUUCAUGAAUCUCAUUCUAGGUGAGGAUUUAACCCUGUGCUGAUGUCUUGCAAUGCUGUUGUUUUGCAUCUAUAAGCACAACGUGAGGUGGGGGUGGAAUUUAGAGUUCUGCUUUUUAUUUUUGUGUGGUUGGUUCACUCAGAGCACCGUUUUGCAAUUUUCAAUUUGUCCUGUAGUAGUAAAGGUGGAUCUCAUUAGCUGGUUGUGCUAAGUGCUUGCACUAACCUGUGGAGAAACAGCCCCUGUCCUGAGAAAGUAACAUGUAUUAGAUACAGCAGGCAACAACUGGAAGGGGAGAAGCUACACAUCCAGAAACGUGAGGAUUCCUUUCAUCAAAGGGCUUCGGAGCUGCUGCAACACCCAACUUCGAGUGUCCUUUCUGUCACUGGAAUCACCUCCCUGACAGAGACGCUCGGGUGUCCUGUAAAGUAAAUGGAGGCAAGUGGGUAAGAAGCCCCAGAAUUUGCAGAAGCCGGCUAAUCGGGCCAGCAGUGAUUGCUGGAGAUGGGCACUGGGUUUCUCUGAGGGUUUUCAGUCAUGGAAUUGACAUCCAUCUUGGAACUGGCUAGACAAGCUAAGCCUCUGUCAUGGAAAACCAUGAAAUAGAGAUACUUCUGCCGCUACACCACCUGGUUUAGUGAGAUGUCCAAGCAGACGUGCUCUCACAGCCUGCUCUGAUUCAGUUCAUGAACUCGAAGCCACUGAUCUUUCUAGUGAAACCGUACCAAACUGGCCGGCUAGGGCCAUGGUGUCCCCAUGCUGCUCACCAGAGAAGCAGCCACAUCAGCCCUGGAGGAUUUGAAGAAGGUCUCCUGCCUGCCAGGCACCCUCGUCAUCUGUGCCGGUGGGUGGAAUGGGUUGCUGAAAUCCAGCAGCCUUGCUUUGGAGGUCUUUGGUGGGAGGUCUCCAUAGUGAAGGAGCUCCAAAGGCGCGUUCCAGGUAGGGCCAGUCAGGUGGAUAAACCAGAGCUGCUUAAAGAUGGGACAGCAGAGGAACAGGAAGGGAUUUUUUUGGCAGCAGCUUGCAGAGAAGUGGGGACCUCUGGUACUGCAAUGCCUGGGUCUCUUUACGUGUUUAACCCAUGCCAGCCUGUGUGAAGAAAACCCCAAACCCUCCUCUGCCCAUCCUGGUCCCAUGUGUGCGUUGCCCGGCAGUGAAGCUGUGGAGGAAUUAUAUAUAAACCCCAAAGUGCUCUUGCUAGUAACCUGGCUCAGUGGGGAAGCGAGGAGCAAUUUUGCUGUUAUUUUUGAAUUGUCUUCUCCUGCAGUCACAUGGGAAAAGCUUUUCUCACCAUGCAGCAAAGGAAAUGUAGGAAAUGUUCCUUUUUCCUUUUUUUGUGUUGUUAUUCAGGUCCAUCUAAUCAGCUCCACCUACACAGUGGCGGUAUAGCCAGUUCUCACACGCUUCCUAAUAGCCAUCUGCCUGUGCAAUUAAUGGCUUGUCUGCUUUUGCCAUAGCUUGGAGGAAAAGACCGAACAAGAGCUUUGAGUAUUUGCUUAAAAUAUCUGUAGUGUCUGUCUGGAUGCUCCGGGGUGGAUACUCAGUGCUGGCUACGAACAACCCCCACUUUUCCGUGGUGUAAAAUAUUACAGAGCAACUGGCCUUUUCCGUAGUGCCCUUCAAACAGGUUUCCCACCUGCCGUGUGAAAAAUUAACAGCUGUGGCAACAUAAUAUUCCCCAAAUACUCGCUUCCAAGAGCUGAACGCGAGGCUUUUGAUGUUGGUUUGAGAAGUACGAUGGCUGGCAUCCCGGCUUCCCCGCCGGCGCGUUCGGUGGGUGGGGAGAGAUGCAGAAAAGAGCUCUGGAACAGCAGUGCUUCCAACUCUGCUUAAGAAACAGAGCGGAGGUGUUUGGCAGAUGACAGAAGUAAAGUUGGUUUGUAUGAAGAAUAAAUAUUUCCCAAGACAACAAAUAAAGACCCUUGCAAGCUUUCCCUAGCAGCCCUCGGCAGCCGAUGGGGCAGGGCUCGGCACCCAGCGAGGAAAUCCGGUGCUCAGCAGCCUUAAGUCCCGACUCAUCUUCGCACGGACGCGUCCGUCUGGAGGAAGACCAGCCCGUCUCCCUGCCAGCCUCCUUUUACUCCCAUGCAUUACAAAAAAUGCGUGUUCCUCCCCGCGCAGGUGUGUUGUGACCCAGCCGCUGCUCUUUGGUGCUGCAGUGCCUCCAAAAGCGGGGUGGCCGUGCCUGAGCCCCUGGGGAGCCACAAUGGGACACAAAGCCUAGUGAAAUGAAACCUUAGCCUAGCUGUAAAAGUGACCUUGAGCUUGGAUUUGAUGACAGAGUGUUUAAAGAGGCAAGGUAAGCUGAAACUAAAGGGUGAAAGCAAGGUGAGAAAGCUGACCUAACCCAUGGCGGUGCUAGAGGGGAGGAUGCCAAAUCGGGUCCCUCAGCCAUCAGCGGGUCCCUUGGGUUGAACCUGAGCUGCUUCAGUGGGAGCUGAAGGACCUUCUGCAGAACAUCUACCCUGUGAUACCAUGCUGUGAGGUGGACAGGUAAUCACCCCAUGCGUGUGCGUGUAUACGCGUAUGCUGGUCCCAAAAGGAACCGGGCAAGAAACAAGGCUUGCUACAAGCACUGCAUCUGUGAUACACAACGGUCCAUUUCCUUUCAUAGAAUCAUAUCAUAGAAUGAUAUGAUUUGUCACAUGUGACUUCAUUUUUCAGUCUCCUUAAACAGCCUUUGUCUGUUUUAUCUUUGCCUACACCUCCACAACCUGAAUUUCAUCACCUGCAAGGAGACACCACUCCUCUCCCGUUCCUCUGGAGGAGGGAAGGCAGGAGAACGUAACCACUGUCCUGCUUAUUUCCUUGGGACGUAGCGUUGCACCUCAAGCUGUGCUGUGCAGCGGCUGGAGCUCCAGGAAAAGGUGCUGAGAUUCAUCUAACUUGAUUUAGCUGCACCUUGGAGACAACUGCAUUACUAUUGCUACCCUAUUACUAACUGUAUUGUUAUAGUAUUAGUAUAUCAGACCGACUGCCUUUUCCAGUCGAGGGAAGUGUAGUCAGCAGACCCAGCCGUGCGCACUGAGAGCUCAGGACCUCACAGCAAGAGAUGGGCUGGCGAUGGGGCUGCCUUCCCCAGUGCCACCUCUGCCCCGGGGGACUUUGGAGCCCUGCAGAUACCUGCCAGGAUUAAAGAACAAAUAGAGAGUGAUUGCUUAGUGUGUCUCAGCCUGGGUGGCAACGUCUUAACCUUUCCUUUUUCUCUUCAUCACAGACAUCCUGUAAUGUCAAGCAAGUGUAACGGGGAGAAGCUGUGCAGGAGCAGCGGAAGGUUGCGGUGAAAUUUCCCCGUCCUCCCUUGUCCCAGCUCCAGUCUUCAGGUGUUUUAAUGUGUGGGGAGAUUCCCGUGGGUGGGAAUGCAAAUUGUAUGUUCACGUGAGUUAGGAUCGGUGUGUGGCUGUGAGAGAGGAGUUGUGGCUCCAGGGUUAUGUUUUCAUUACAUCAGGUUUGUGCUGCAGCGAGUAGGAGAUUUCAGGAAAUGAAUCGAUGUUCCUCCCAUCAGGAUAAGUCCCUUGGGUAGCAGAGCAGCUCCCUCACCAUCUCCGGGCUUGCCUGUCCUGAGCCCUUGCCAGGGGUUAGGUGUCCAAGGCAGGCCACGUCCUUCUUCCAAAAAAACCCGUAUAUAAAAAGCAGAGACACGUAUUGGAGACGCUGGAGGCCAACGUUCAAACACCCCUGCACCCGAUUUGCACUGGGGAUUUGAACUCCAGGUCCCCACUGCCAGGGGCCACACGCUCGCCAUGGGGGUGUUGGAAGAAAUGGGACGUGAAUUCUGCUAAAGCGUUUCUACUGUCUCUAAAUUGCUCAGAAACUUUGGCUGUCGGGCCGGUGAGGGAGGACGUAAUCCUCACUGCAGAGCUCAUCGGUGGUGCGAGGCUCUGCCCCGCGGAUGCUGGGAGUGCCCUGAAGAAGGGGGUGAGACUGUGCAGGAGCGUGUGUGGGGGUCCCACAGGGCAGCACCCCUGGGACUGUGAGCGUGGACGGGAGGGAGCCCCCAGGGAGGGCUGGGGUUUCCCAUGGCCGCGUGAGUCCUGGAUCCAAACCAGAGACGCUCCUGUAGCGUGUGAUAAGAGUCCAGGCACUCGAAGAUUGAGCCAGCUGAUACUUUUUUUAAUGCAAGAUGUGCUAGGCACAUAAAAUACGUGUAAAAAUUUCCAGCCAUUCCCACACUCUUCUGCAUGCUGAACUCUCCCCUGAGCAUGGCCUUCCUCACCCCCAUGGUCCUCCUUAUCCCCAUGGCCCUCCUCACCCCCACGGACUCUUUCGAAGCCGCAACUUUGCUUUGUUCUCGCCCCUUUGUACUCCUCCUCCGUCGGAAGCUGCCAUCACCAAAGCGAGCGCGUUGCUCUUACUAAUAGCAAAGUAAUCAAUUUGAGUCACUGUAUACAUUAGUAAUGGCCAUGUAAUUCUAGUGCAAAUUAGGUUUGGGCAGGCUGUGAAGCCUGAGACAUCUCGUCUUCCUGAGCAGAGCUUGGAUUUACUGUCCUCUGGGGAAGGCCACAGCGAAACGCCCCCCUACCCCCCUCACAAAUCCUCCCUUGAUUGGAUACAGUAUGGUCGUCUGAUUAAAAUUGUGCAGUGGUUCAGAAAAU